GUUGAUUGCCGUUCCUUUGGUGUGGAAAGUGCUGCAUCUUUUAAAAUCGAUGUUUGGACGAACUGGCAGCAGCGCUGGGGAAACCAGGCCCUUAUCUGUAAAAACUGACUCUUCGUGCGAACUAUUCAAACCCCAAGAUCGUGUUUUUUGGUGUUCUUACAAAGCGUGCAAUGAAAGUGGAGUGAUAGAAACUAGAGUGGGUACGUCAUCUGGUGAUCCCAGUACGGCAUCAUAUCUGAUAACCAAGCUAAGUGAUGGCUCCAAAUUGGAAAUACCUGGAUACUUACUCAGAAGAAGUGCGAAAUAUCAUGCGUACCAUACGAGAAACAGAAGCACUCACUCAACAUGUAGCGCACACACAACUGGGGCUAAUUGUAAGAACAUAACGAAAAUUCCUCACGAGCGUAAGAGACGUCGCCAUGCUAGUGGUCAUCCAACAAUGCAUACAGAUACGACGGCUAAGAGCUUAGGCAAUGACAACAAAGGAAAGAGUUUGCAGCACAGUAUAUUGUCUCCACCAGAUCGAAACGGUCUAGAAUUGGUCAACAGUAAUCAUGAAGAACUCCCUGGUGCAAAUAACCCCUGCGGCUGUGUGAUAAGACGAUCCAACUCCGGGAUGCCUGCAGAUGCUCCGGCGGCAACUACAUUCACCUUCUCAAUUCCUGAUGCAGAUAGCGAAGAGGCAGGCCCUCUCUCUACGUCGCCCUCUGCCGAUGAAGGCGUUGAUCUGAGUGACGCCAUGUUUAGCUUUGACGAUGACAUAGUGCAGUCGCCUCCGAAGAACUCCACGCAGAAUCCUUUCCAUUUACGCGGAAGACAGCUGGACCAAGAGUCAACGAGUGCAUUUGUUCAGAAUAGGAGUACUAGCGAAGAGGAAACACCGCGCACACCUGUCGCCGUAGCAACAUAUCAACAGACGGUGGCAAUUUCUGGUUCUUCGUGCUCUGGUGCUAGUUUGUUUCAACAUCAUGUAGAUACAACUGGAAGAUACUUCUCAAGGAGCCAAGUACACAGACAGGCUGAAAUUGAAACAGUUGGCUAUGAUGAAAACGGAACGGAGGAUCUUUUUCCAUCUUGUGAUGAUCCCAACUAUCUUUGUGGUGUUUCUCAAAAUGAUGCUGUUGAACAGAGCACACCAGCUAUAGUGUCAACGAGGGGUGUCUUCGGUGCUUCAUUUGUUGCUAGUCUCACAAUAAACGAGAACAGUUGCGGAGUGUCUGAUGAGGGGAUCGUAGACAACGACAAUGACAAUGCCACUGUUGCUGGAAGAGGUUGCCAAAUGACAACAACAACAACAACAACAACACAAUUGCAUUCACCUGAAUCAUAUGGGGCCGCAGAUGUUUCGGAGGACAUGAGCGAUAGGGAAGACGGAGAGAGCAGAAAAGAUGAGGUGGACAAUGACAAUGAACAAGCAGAUAGUCGGAAUCGAGCCAUGUCAGUGGGGCCAAAGAAGCAACAUUCCAGUACAGGGGACACUAACUGGACCACGAAUAGCGGCGGGGGUCUACAUGGAGUGACGAGUUCGAGGAAAAGUAGCAGAGGCAGUGAGAACAGCAGCUGUGGCGGCGGCGGGGGUGGAAUACCCGGCAGCGGAAGUGGCGGCGGAGGCUCCUCCGGCUGGUCCGUGAAUUCUGUGAGCACAUCUAGUUCUUUGGAUCAGCUGACCUCGAGCAUUGCCAAAAUGAAGACCAAACUCUCACCUUGUAAUCCUUGUGAUAGCGGCGAGAACGCUUUAGCCCGACUGGGUGUAGAAGGAAGAGGGAUACCGGAUAGUACUGCUCCAUCAGACAAUUAUGGCAGCUGCUCCUCUGCUGUGCAGCUAGACUGGACUGGCAGUGAGAUGGGUGCCCAAAAUAGACUGGCGGUGGGGGGAAGUGUAGGAGGAGGAAGAAGUCGGCUGUCCAGUUGCAGCAGUGAAGGUGAUGAGGAGACUCCGUUGGCGAAGAAGACUCGACUGCAGCGUAGAAACCACUGUUAUAACAGGAGCAGCAUUGAGAAGGAUGCUAGUGGCAGUAGUAGCUGUAGCUGCAACCACAACCACAAGAAACACAGCAUCAUUCCAAGUCAAUGAGAGGCGAAGAGAAGAAGUGGCGUAGAAGGGAAGAGUGAGUGAGUGGGGGGAGGGGAGGGGAGGGUAGAGUUCAGUUGUUAUGGUGAAAAAAGAAGAGAAUAGCUACAGUAGUAGGAGUAAUACAUAAAAGAAGAAGCAGCAGCAGUCUCUUCUCUUCUCUUCACUUUCAUCCCAUCCCAUCCUUCCUUGCUCUCUCUCUCUCUCUCUCUCCCUCUCCUCUCAUGUAAUGAUGCCACACAAGAGCACUUGUUCACCUCUCUCUCCCCUCCACACUGUAUACUCAUUGCAUCUACAUGUAUUAUUAUUACCAUAUGCCCCCUGCCCCGUCCAGCCGUCAUCUUCACUUGAGGAGGACACUUCAAAGCAGCAGCCGCAGAAGAAGAAGACAGUUACCAAUGGUGGAGGGAUGAAUAGCAGCAACUAAAACUUUGUUCACCUGAAAACCGUUGUUGUCGCUUACAGUUGUGGAAACAGAAGCUCCUCGUAAAAGUGAACAUGUACUACUUAAACUAAUCAAAUAUAGCUUGGAGAUCUUUGGUUAUCCAAGCAUCCAUCCAAUCGCUAUCUUGAAACGCUAAUCUACUUUUUUGCAGGCGGUUCAUGCGCCAUCUACGCUGCUAAUUAUGUAUUUUGUAAACUUUUGUUGAUUUUAUUGCAUAUUUUGCUUGAGACAAGCAACAAAAAGAAUCGGUCAAAUUCUAUAUUUUUAAGCGUUAAAUUAUUAUCUGUCGAAAUAGUUGAUUUUAGAUGAGUUUGGUUUUUUUCGAAAUGGAAUUGAUGUUUAAAAUUUAGGUCAUAGUUUAUUUAUCAUCACGAUAUAAAUUAUUAACAGUUUAGCUGCUGUGUUAAAUUCCCGUGCUAAUGAUGUCGUGCUUUUAAUUGAGUUUAAUAGUGUAAAAUAUAAAUGAAUCAUCAUCCAUUAUGUUCCUUCCCAUUGGGUCCCUUGUAAUCCUUUUCUCUCAUUUGCAUCAACGGCCAUUCGUUGAGGGCAGUGGCGAGGAGGGAAUAGUUUUAUUGUUU